AUGUUUGAAGAGAAUGCCGAACAUUUGCCUACAUCAUACGGUCUGAUCGUUUUGAACUACUCAAAGCCAAGCAUUGACAAAUGGUUAACAGAGUCAGUUUGGUCUAGAGCAAAGAUUCGUGCUUGUGCUGAUGGUGGAAGCAAUGAAUUACGACAGUUCACUCUUGAGAAAACAGAACAACGUCUUGGUCGUUUUACGCCCGAUUUUAUUAGUGGUGAUUUCGAUUCAAUCAAGCCUGAAACACAACAAUUGUAUGAAGAGGAAUUCAAGGUACCUCUUAUUGAAACUAAAGAUCAAGAUGCAACUGAUUUCACAAAAUGCCUAGAAGAAUUGUUGAAGAGAAUGGAUGGUGAAUCUCUUAAAGAAAUCUAUGUUUUCUGCACAUUUGCUGGCCGCUUCGAUCAAGCAAUGAGCAUUAUUCAUACUCUUUAUCUUUAUCCAAAGCUAAAUAUAUUUCUCAUAUCCGAUCAAGAUGUUACAUUUCUACUUAAGCCUGGUCUUAAUCGCGUUCAUCAAAUACGAUCACCUCUUUGUGGUACAUAUUGCAGUUUGAUUCCAUUUGCCGGUGCUCUAAAAGUAAUAACAAACGGCCUACAAUGGAAUCUUAAUGAAAAGAUGGAGCUCAAUUAUUCUAAGUUGAUCAGUACCUCAAAUGCUUAUAGUGAACCAAAGAGUGACUUUGUCACUAUCAAUACUCCUGAACCGCUUGUCUGGUCAAUGACAUUUGCUGAAACAGUUCAAAAUGAGCAAAAGAGCAGUUUAGCUCAAUAA